AUGGCCGACUCUUCUAUAGCCAAGCCUCUGCGAGUGGCCAUCGUCGGCGGAGGCCCAGCAGGCCUCGGCGCCGCCAUCGCACUGAGCAAGCACCCCUUUGUAGACGUGGUUCUUUACGAAAAGAAGCCCGAGAUCAGCGAGAUCGGCAACGGGUUGUCCAUCCAGCGCAACACAUGGAGGAUACUGGAGAGGCUCGGCGCGUCAAGACACAUCGCCGCCAACGACGUGUUCCGGCCCCGUGAUGGCCAUGUCGUGCAGCACAGGAACGGCCGAACGGGGCAGCUCGUGGACCAGGCCUUCUCGCCCGCCGAUAUUGCGCCACACCAGGAGCCUUGCCGCGCCCAGCGAUCGGUCCUGCAGCAGGCUCUCCUGAAAGAGGUCCCAGCUGGCAUAAUCCAUAUCGGGAAAAAGCUCACAACCAUUGAGCGUCUCCCAUCCGGGAAGAUCGAGCUGACGUUCGCCGACGGCUCAAGGGACCAGGUCCAUCUCCUGGUCGGCGCCGAUGGCAUUCGCUCGGUCGUGCGUCAAUUUGCGUUCCCGUCCCAUGGCAUAGCAUACACCGGGGCGACAUCGUACCGCACCGUGAUUCGUAAGUCUGAUGCGCUGGCGAUUAACGGAGUCCCCAACGCCGUGACCUUCUGGCAUGGCACCGACGGCAAGUGGGUGUAUACCUGUCCACUAGGCGGUGACGACUUUGAGAUCACCACGAAGAUUAGCGAGGCCGACUUCGAGGGCCGCUCGUCGUGGGGUAAGGAGGCCAGCGUGCGCCAUUUCGUUGACAGCUUCACCGAGUUCGUGCAGCCCGUGCAGCAGCUGCUCGACCAUGUCACGUUCGUGCAGCAGUUUGACUUCUUUGCCGGGCCUAAACUGGAGACGGUUAUCUCUCGGAACAACGUCGUGCUGAUCGGGGACGCCUCGCACCCUCUCUCGGGGGCCUUUGGUGCCGGCGCAGGAUUUGCGCUGGAGGACGCUGUGGUCCUCGCGGGCGCCGUCGAAUGGGCUCAUGGGUUCGGCCGGGGCCUAGGCCCGGCGCUCGCAUUAUUUGACCGCGUGAGAUCUCGCCACUACGCCGAGCUGUAUGCCGUUCUGGAUGGCUUCGCCCGCUCAGAGCGCGAACUUGGGGACAUCAAGGCCACGCUCGAGCCAGACGCCGAGAUUGAGUCCCGCAUCAGCAGCCUGUGGGCCCCCAAGCAUAACUGGAUGUACUAUCACGAAGCCAACGAGGCUCUACAAGCAGCCAUUCAGGCGAUCGACCGGUCCUCAGGCACGACAACAGCUCGCCUAUAA